CAACAGAACCUACAACAACCAUGACUUUUAUCACCAUCUUCAUCUGGACACUUGUUUUCUGCUUUCAAGAAUCCAGAGGACAGUACAUUGUGACACAGACUCCGGGAGUGAAAGCUGUUGUCCCAGAACAGACAGUCUCUCUGAACUGUAAAACCAGCAGUAAUGUUUACAACAAUGACUUUUUAGCCUGGUACCAACAGAAACCUGGAGGAGCUCCUCAACUCCUUAUUUACCGUGCUACAACACUUCAGUCUGGGACUCCAUCUAGAUUCAGUGGCAAACAGUCAGCCUUCCUCAAGGUCUUGGUGACUGGAGUCUGGGAUUUCUGCUGGGCUUCACAGGUCACCUCUCCUGCCUUGGUCCACUCCUGGGCAGUGAGAGUCAGGGUGCUGCUCCAGCUGUAUAGACCGUUCUUCUCCAGUACCCCGGGACUGGUCUUCUGGUUCUUGCUGGCCCCAUCCACUUUCCAGCUCAAGGUCCAGUCUGAGGGGAAGCCCUUGUUGGCCAGACACAUCAGUGUGGCUGUUGUUGUACUGGACAGCUCCUCACUAGAGGGGGUGAGAGCUGUUCUUCAUGAGACAACAGAACCCACAACAACCAUGACUUUUAUCACCAUCUUCAUCUGGACGCUUGCCUUCUGCUUUGAAGAAUCCAGAGGACAGUACACUGUGAUUCAGACUCCUACAGUGAAAGCUGUUCUGCCAAGACAGACAGUCACUCUUGACUGUAAAACCAGCAGUGAUGUUCACGGUGGUUACUAUCUAGCCUGGUACCACCAGAAACCUGGAGGAGCUCCUAAACUCCUUAUUUACUCUGCUACAACACUUCAGUCUGGGACUCCACCUAGAUUCAGUGGCAGUGGAUCUGGGAGUGACUUCACUCUGACCAUCAAUGGAGUCCAGGCUGAAGAUGCAGGAGAUUACUACUGUCAGAGUUACCACAGCAGUGGUAAUGUGUUCACACAGUGAUACAGAGUCGUACAAAAACCUCCCUCAGUCAGCUGCACAGUGACAGUACUGCUACAGCUGGGACCUACUGCAGGAAGAGACAGUGACAUGGAACACUGAGCAGGUCAACUUUGAAAAUGGUUAGAACGCAUGAUACAAAUCACACGUUCUCCAACGUCCUCAUUAUCGUCCUCAUCAUCAUUAAUAUCAUCAUCAUGGUUGUAUCUUGUUAUAUUGGUAAUUAACUGAAAGUGUGUAUGAAAGUUAUUAGAUGUUUUGAAACUUAUUACCAGUCCAUAUGCAGAGUAAGAACUACAGAAGUAAAAGAAGAGUGAUGUUAAAUCAUCAUCAGCCCCUCAAACCAAAUCCCUACAUGCACUUCACAACCAGGUAUUGAUGUGAUCAACUAGCAUGUAUUAACCCUUUUCAUGAGCUGUUAGAUCUGUGAAUGAGACAUGAUGCUGAGCUCAAACAUGAGACACAUUUACAUAGAGACAUACACCACACACUAUCAUCGUGAAGUAUAAUUAUUUUUUAUCUGUCAUUAAUUACUUGGUGCCUUAUCUGUUAUCUGUCCCUCCCUGAAUCCGCCAUAGAGGAUAAAAUCAGUCACCUCCCUCA